UGCGCUUAAGUUUUCUGUUACUUUUAUUUUUCUGUCUGUUUUUCUUCUUGUCGGUGUCGGUUCGGUUCGGUCGCUGCCGAAGCGUGGAUUAUUCCGAUUUGCGGUUGUUGUGCAAGUGUUAGGCAAGUCACGUACCUGCCGUUGCAGUAAAUAAACCAACAAAAAUAUACAAAAUCAAUGUAACAAAUAAUUUUUACUAUCGAUCCAUGAUCGUUGAUUGAUUAACACAUCACUCACACACACACAACCGCACUACUCUGCUCUGUGUGGGCGUACAAGCCGUGUGCAUCAUCAUCUGCACAAAAAUAAACGUUAAUAAUAAUAAAAAGUGCCGCGCAACUUUGAUCGUGUGUCGGAGUCCACCUCCACCUCCACCUCCAGUGCCACCCCACCCAUCCGCUCCGGCCGCGCGUGCGUGUUGUAACUUUUGAUUAGCUUCGGAGUCGGAACGGAUCUGAGGCGUCUUUCACUCCAGUGCACCUCUUUGGAACAUUGCGCUGCUUGCGUUUUUCGUAACUUAUCGCCGCCCACAUCUCGCCGUUGCUUUUUGUUGUGGUUCUUACGGAGGAGCUGGAAUGUGCGGCCCCACCAUCGCUGUGGACCCGAAGAUGUGCUGAUCAUACGAUUACAUAACAUACCGCCGAAAUCCCCGUGAAAAAUUCCACAAAAGAGAGAAAGAGUAGAAAUUCAAUAGACACGCGGUGCUAAUGCGAAAAGAAACUCCCCGACAAUCGCCAGAAAUCGUAAAGAAAUCAAUUAUACCGACGCAAAAUGUCUAUAAAUAGGGGGAAAGAUCCCCAGCCGCAGGGCCGCUCGCUGGAGGUGCUGCUGCUGCUGGUGCUGGCCGCCGCCUGGUGUUGCCUGGAGACGGCCGAGGCACACGUGGCCCUCACCUACCCGCCUGCACGGCAGUACGACCUGGACUUUCUGGACAACUCGCGGACGAAGGCGCCCUGCGGCAUGCCCAAAGGCACCAUCCGCACCUCGCUGCUGUCCGGCUCCGUCUUCAAUGUCACCUGGCACCUGGCCUAUCCGCACAAGGGGGGCUUUCGGCUGCAGCUGCUCGAUGCCCUCGAUCGGCCCGUUCUCGACCUGACGCCGCACGUCAACAACUCGGAGUUUGUGCGCACGGACGUCACCGCCCAGUCGUAUCCCGUGAACAUACCCAAGGAGUUCGAGUGCUUCAACUGCACUCUGCGGCUGCUGCGACAGGCCGACGAGUGGUCCAACAGCUACCGGUUCUGGUCGUGUGCCGACGUCGACAUCAAGCAGCGGAAGGACUUCAAGGAGACGUGCUCCGGGCACGGCAAGUACUUCCCCUCGCGCUGCAAGUGCGAGAAGAACUUUUACGGAGCCCAAUGCCAGUAUCGGGAUGAGUGCGCCGCCGACUCCGACUGCGGCGUCCAGGGAAAGUGCAUCGACCUCGGCGGCACCUCGCUGCCCCGCCGUCAGUGCUACUGCAACUUCGGAUGGUUCGGGCUGGGGUGCAACAAGCGAUCGCCCUACAAGAGCACCGACCUCGACCUCUCCUCCUACACCAAGAAGGAGCUCUCGGCCGACUACCAUGUCUACUGGCGCCUCCUGGAGGAGCAGAAGGAGAUCGAGGUGGUUCUUAAGGUGAACGGCAGCUCCUGGGUGGGUCUUGGAUGGCGCCCGCGUGGCCUUACCCCGGAGUGCAAGAACUUCCCGCUCAUACGGGACAUCGGGGACUUGACCACGACUCUGGAACCGAAGAGCGAACCGGAACCAAAGAGCGAGCCAGAGCCCAAGAGCGAACCGGAACCUAAGAGCGAACCAGAGCCCAAGAGUGAACCAGAGCCGAAGAGUGAACCUGAGCCUAAAAGUGAGCCAGAGCCUAAGAGUGAGCCUGAACCGAAGAGCGAGCCUGAGCCGAAGAGCGAACCUGAGCCGAAGAGUGAGCCUGAGCCGAAGAGCGAGCCUGAGCCGAAGAGCGAACCAGAACCGAAGAGCGAACCUGAGCCGAAGAGUGAACCAGAGCCGAAGAGUGAACCUGAGGCGAAGAGUGAGCCUGAGCCGAAGAGUGAGCCUGAGCCGAAGAGCGAACCAGAACCUAAAAGCGAACCUGAACCUAAGAGUGAGCCAGAACCUAAGAGUGAACCUGAACCUAAGAGCGAACCUGAGCCGAAGAGCGUCCCUGAGCCGAAGAGCGUCCCUGAGCCGAAGAGCGUCCCUGAGCCGCAGAGCGAACCUGAGCCGAAGAGUGAGCCAGAACCUAAGAGUGAGCCAGAGCCGAAGAGUGAGCCAGAACCUAAAAGUGAGCCAGAGCCGAAGAGUGAACCGGAGCCGAAGAGUGAACCAGAGCCUACCAGCGAACCGGAACCCAAGAGCGCACCGGAACCCACUAGUGAACCAGAGCCUAAAAGCGAACCGGAAGCGGAACCGAAGAGUGAGCCUGCGGCCCAGAGUUCAAAGACCAAACGAGUUGCCGGAGACUAUGACCAGGUGGACGGAGUCACUUCUGUCGCCACAAGCGUCUCCUACCGUGUCAGCAGCAAUGCACAGCGCAGCCGCCGUGAGGCGACAGAAUCGCCCAAGUACCGCUUGAACCCGUACACGCCUAUUCACGACUUCAAUCCCAUGGACUGCACGGACAUUGUGAUUGGAGCGGCACGUGGCAUGGCCAGUCGGGUGGGAGACUACUACACGCGGGACCGAUCGACGCCGCGCAGCGAUGAGUUCUACGGCGGAAAGUCGAACCUGGCCCUGGGCACUGGCUUCGAAGAGAACGGCGUGACCACGAUCAUAUUCCGCAAGAAACUGGUGGCCACGGAGCCCACGGACCACACCCUGGACGAUGCGCUGACCCACGUGAUCUGGGCCAAGGGCCAGGAGCCGGGAAGCUAUGUGCACGUACCAGCCUCUGGGCUGGAGACCCAGUCCUCCAGCGUGAAGGACUUCUACCAGCCGGACGAGCUGAAGUACCACGGCCACAAGAUGCAGCGCGGAUUCACGCAGAUCAACUUCUUUGAGAAAGAGAAAGCAGACGCUAGUGCGGACAGGAAUGACCUGACCACGAAUGUGCUGGACAACGAUUGCUACGGCCACUGGAAGUAUCCGUCCAACUGCUCGCCCCAGGAGCACACCUGCGAGUACUACGCCGCCUGGUCGACUGUCGGGCGCGGCGACGAGAUGCGCUGGCACAUUGAGACGUCGAACACGGAGACCUGGACGGGCAUCGGCUUCAGCGAGGAUCAGCGUAUGUCGCAAACCGAUGCCAUUAUCGGCUGGGUGGACAAGCGCAACGGUCGACCCUUCCUCAUGGACACGUGGGUGCUGGGCUACGCCCCGCCCAAGCUGGACGAUCGCCAGGAUAUCUACAACGCCUCGGGGCGUAUCGACAAGGGCGUCACGAUCCUGGAGUUCAACCGGAAGCGCGUCAGCAAUGACGAGCAGGAUCUGUCCUUCACAGACGACCACUGCCUCUAUCUGUUCUUCCCCGUCCUAGGGGGCGCCUUCAACGUGGUCAACAAGAAGAUCCGAAAGCACGAGCAGGUGCCGCCGGUCUCCUCGCGCCGCGUGUGCAUCAAGUCCUGUGGCAAAGAACUGGAGGCUGUGUUUGUUGGCACUAGUACGCCGGCACCCAGCCGCCUAGUCUACGCCGUCGGCGUGAAGCUGAUGAACCUGGGCGAGUCCUAUGAAGCACCCAAGGCGGGGACCGUGGAGUUCAACAACCUGGCUGCCACCAUCUCGGACUCCUUUAACGGCAUCUUGAGUCCCCUUCCCGGAUACUACAAGACGGAGAUUCUGGGCUUUGAAAAGGAGGGCAGCACGAUGGUCGCCAAGGUGCAGGCUAUGUUCGACAAGGCAGAUGUGGAGAAGAUGCAUGAGCUGGACAACAACACGGUGGAGAAGAGCGGCGAAGGAGCCGCCCAGAAGAACGCCGAUGUGAUCCGCGCGGCGUUACAGGAUCAGAUAGCCACCGGCCGCGUGGGCUCUCUGACUGUGGAUCCCCAGUAUCUCGACUUUGAGGCGCUGGAAUACAAGAGCACCACCGAAACAAACGCCAAGGAGACACUGCUCUCCUUCUUCGACCUUUCCGAGACGCGUUUGUACAUAGUCCUCGGUCUGAUUGCGGCCCUGGUGCUCAUCGCUUUGAUCCAGGCCUUCUGCACCAUUUGGAAGACGUCGCGCAAGAGCAAGAACACCAAGGAGAAACUUAUCCAGAACUCGCCCUGGAAGGAGUUCGCCUCGAACACCAACUACGCCUUCGACCCCUACGGCGAGACGGAGGAGAAACACAUGACCAGCGCCAGCACAGCGGGCAAGGAGAAGGCGCGCCACCGCAACCAGUCCACCAGCAGCAGCCAGCAGACCACGCUGCCCAUGUCCCACUCGCCCACCAGCAAGUCCCAGAUGUAUUACGAGAGCACCAAUGGCCAGGGCAAGGGUAGCCAUGGAAAUGGCAAUGGCAAUGGGAACGGGAACGGCAGCCGCUCGUCGAAUGGUCGCCAGAUGGCCACGCAAGAGAGCAGCACUGGAGGCGCACCUGCGGCCUAUUCUCGCAGCUCCUACGCCGAGCGGGCCUACUCCCUGCCCCGACAGGCGCACCACUACCAACAGAACGCGACCAGUAUGCAGCCGUCGGGCUAUUACACCCACGAUCGUCGCGCCGCCCGCCAGGGCAGCCGGGACAGAGAGCGGGAAGAGGAGCGACGUCACCGCCAGGAGCGGGACCGGGAGUCGGGUUACGAUCGUUCGCGCGAUGAUCCCCGCCAGAACGGUGGCUCCGACACACCCGACUUCUACUUCAUGCCCUCCCAACGCAAGUACUCCGGAGAAGUGGUUCGCGUCUAUGUGGACUACAACAAGGAUCCGAAGAACUAAUCCUGCCGUAGAGGUGCCCCACUCGUAACGAUUUAUUUUAAAGCUCGUUUUAGGUUCUUCACUUCUGUCUGUCCCCUCCCCUCAUUGGUUUGGUCUGGUCUGUCUCUGUUCCGUACGGACGCCAUGCCCAUGCCCUUCUUUAACCACUCUCCCUCUAGUGCUCUAUAUCGUUUCGAUUUUGCCAUAAAGCAGUUCCACUGCAAGCACUUGGGGGGACGGGACCGGCCGAUACAGAUGGCGAUACGCUCCCCAGGAUGGCGUUUCCGGGUGCGCAAGCUUUACAAUUAACGCACAACGCAUGAUCCACAAUUUAGUGAAUUGUAAAUAUUUUGCAUAGAUAUUAAUGGUCUAAACAAACACCACACCACAACGCACAAAUUAUUCAAGCAAAUCCAGCAUUGUAAUUAGGUACUCUGACGUGCAUUCAGAAUGUUUCCGCAUUGUCUUCUCUUAAAUGUGCAAAGAAAAAUAGUCACUGUAUUUAAUCAAAUUAAAUAUAUGCAUUAAGUACAUUUAAAUAAAGUUAAGUACAAAAAAUA